CUUCCCCGCCGUCCAGUCAUCACGUCACGAACCUCUGCCAUAAACUGGAAUUCAAGAAUCACCGGGCAGACUCACGACAUUGCCAGACCGAUCUUCAACAUCCACCACAAGACCUUUGCUUUCCCGGUCGUCUUCUUCUGUCCAAGGCAGAGUUUUACUCAACUGUCAUUUACUCGAGUGCUGCACACCCAGCUGUCUAUCUCACUUUACGCACGCCGUUUACGCACGCCCAAUCCUGUGGCAUCGAUUGACCGUAUCGCACAUACUUUCAUCUGAUCUAAACAAGAUCACCCUCUGCCGACAAUUUCGUGCGUCGUCCCACCGGUGGCAGCCUGCAACGAACGGCACGCUUUGGAGCCAGCAAAGGCCAAAUUAUACAACUAGAAUAGUCAUCCACUACGAACCAUUGACUUUACUGCGAGUUUGUCUCUUCGUUUGUCCGCAUCGCUUCCACGGCGCAUCGUCCUGAACACGAAUCGACAACAAGAAUUUUCCUCUACACGACAUACCUUCACGGUCAAACUUUUCAACGCCGACAUAGCGCCAGCCUAAUCUUCCCAAUGACAUCCUUCGUUACAAAUCUCUGGGAGUCGAUCUUCACUCCGGGGCCGACUCCCACCCUCCUUAUCGCGACAAAUGUCACAUUUGCCGCUCUGCAAAUUGUCCUGGCGUGCCUCCUCUUUGCGACAUGGAGUAUCCACUUCGUAAUUCUCUCGGCUCUCUGCGGUGGACUCUGGGGAUCCAUCAACUGGUUCGCGGCGGAACUGAAGGUGCACCAAAUCCAAGAAGAGGAAAAGGCGAGAAGAGCCAAAGAAGCAGCGCCAACUCCAGUCACAUCGGAAGACAGCGAAACAGAAGUAGAGGCAGCUACAUCGACAGCUAGCCUCACGAGGCAGGAGUCAAUUGCAGAGGCGGUCAGCCAUGAGGUUGAGCCUAUCCAGCAGAUUGGAGAACUGAAGCACAGAGUGGUUGAGGAGACACCGAGCCUGGGCACUAAGAGCGGCGUCAGCACGGAAGAUGAGUGGGAGAAGGUUUCGGAGAACGAGAACGAAAAGGACAAGUGAAUAUCCUGGCGAUUGAGCGGGGACCGACCACACGCAGAACGUACAAGCGAAUGUCGUGUUAGCGAAGUUACCAUGGCAUCCUGUAAAUAGUGUCAUGGUCCGCUUUCGUGUUGGAGUUGAGCGACGAUGGCAUUUACACAUCCACCCUGUUUUCGUUCUUCAUUGGAUGAAAGGAGAGGCAGUUGAAGGCUGUAAGCCCUAUGUUCGUUUCAUAGUCCUUAUCCUGCCAUGAGGCAUCAUGAUCUGUGCAACUACAGCUAUAGCUUCAGAGACAAAGUCAUAGUAAACAACACCUUGUUGUUCGGCGUGGCAGUUAGCCAGCCCAUCUUCGUGUACCCCAAUUAUCUGGUUGCUUCAACU